CGAGAAUCGCGUGUGAGGUGUGACAGCUUUGUAGAACACUUUUUUAAAAAUUUAAAGAGCAGAAAAAGACAUUUUAAUAAUAAAGCAUUGAUUAAAUUAAAAACGAUGAUUGCAAAACGGCAUUCUUAGUUCCUGAGUUCCGUCGGCCAAUUUGUUAUUCAUGCAAUCGAUUAACUGACGGAGAUCGAAAUUGGCGCCCCUCUCUACUGUCUCGUUCCCUGUGACAACCUACCCACCAUCGUACUGCCCAUCCCUGAAAGCCUGAAAGUUUCACUUGAGCAUCGUCCCAGAUUUGGAAACGGAGAAAGCAAGAAGCUUUACUCAGUUAGCGCCAUGUCUGCCCGUCGAAGAACGUUGCUAAAGGUCAUCGUCCUCGGCGACAGUGGGGUCGGCAAAACUUCAUUGAUGAAUCAAUAUGUUCAUAAGAGGUUCAGUCAACAGUAUAAAGCAACAAUUGGUGCUGAUUUUGUUACAAAGGAGCUUCAAAUUGAUGAUCGCCUCAUUACCCUGCAAAUAUGGGACACAGCUGGGCAAGAGAGAUUUCAGAGUCUUGGGGUUGCAUUUUAUAGAGGGGCGGAUUGUUGUGUUCAGGUCUAUGAUGUCAAUGUUAUGCGAUCUUUCGAUAGCCUUGAUAACUGGCAUGAAGAAUUUCUCAAACAGGCUAAUCCAUCUGACCCGAAGACGUUUCCUUUUAUUUUAUUGGGAAACAAGGUUGAUAUAGAUGGCGGGAAUAGUAGAGUGGUUUCUGAAAAGAAGGCUAAGGAUUGGUGCACUUCCAAAGGGAACAUACCUUACUUUGAGACAUCGGCGAAGGAGGACAUAAAUGUAGAUGCUGCUUUCUUGUGUAUUGCAAAAGCUGCAUUAGCCAAUGAGCAUGAACAAGACAUAUACUUCCAGGGAGUUUCGGACGUGUCUGCAGAUAACGAGCAAAGAGGCGGUUGUGCAUGCUAAUACAGAUAGAGGAGAAUGAUGAAUGGUUUGAUCAAUUUAGUUUGAUCCAUUUUUGUCAUGAAUCUCUCAGACUCACAUUCCAUUUCUUUUAUUUGGGAGAAGGGGCAGCCGCUGUAUACUUGGCUCUUGUGAUUUGAGCGUUUUGCAUAUCUUAUAUUGUUCACACCCACAUUUUUGCAGCAGUCUGCAAUCAUCUAAAGCAAUCAUUGUUUGUAGUUUUAUUCUCAAUUUUUCUUAAUAAAUAUGGGUUUCAAUUUCAAAGUUGGAAAGUCUUUUCCUGACCAACUACACGAAUUUUUGUAGGGUUUACUUCAUCUAUUAUUCAGAAAAUCAUGAUCC